AUGAAGCUCCUAUCCUUGAUGCUUGCCACUCUUGCUGCCACUACUGUGCAAGCUGUCAGUGUGCAAAAGUGGUGCUAUCUCCCUGGUCAGCCUUGUGCCAUGAUGAAGCGUGCGGCCGAUGUAACCGGAGAAGUCAAACGCUCAGCUGAUGCCUUGGCCGAGGCCAUGGCAGAGGCUUCUCCAGCCAAGUUGCAGAAAUGGUGCUACUUGCCUGGCCAACCAUGCCAGAAGAUCAAGCGAGCCGCCGAGGCUGUUGAUGAGGUCAAACGCUCCGCUGAUGCUCUUGCGGAGGCCAUGGCAGCACUCGAUGACGAGUAG